UACAGUCUACAUAAGAUAUAAACGAUUUCAAAACUAUUCGAAGCUAGACUGAAAAUCGAAGCUCAGUCUACAAUAAUACGAAAAAUAACAAAAAUAAUGUUCGGACUUGCCAUAUCUGCUUUGUGCGUUAUCGCCACACUUGGAUUGCGAUCCGAUCUGAGCGGACAAUGGGAGACAUUUAAACUACAUCAUGGAAAGACAUACACCAAAAUGGAAGAGUCCAUGAGGCGAAUUAUCUGGGAAAGUAAUAUUGAACUGAUUCAACAACACAAUCUGGAGGCGGACAUGGGCAAACACACAUACUGGUUGGGUAGCAACGAAUAUGCAGAUCUGACCUUUGCUGAAUUUAAACUAAUGAUGUAUGGCACAUUUAUGUCUAGUAACGGGACAGUUGACAAUGAAUUAUUGAACACGCCUGGUGGAUUUAAGGCCGCGAGUGAGGUGGACUGGCGGAAGAAGGGUUAUGUUACACCUGUCAGAAACCAGGGUAACUGUGGCUCAUGUUGGGCGUUUGGUGUGACCGGGGCUAUCGAAGGACAGCACUUCAAGAAAACCGGGAAGCUUGUCCCAUUAUCCGUGCAAAACUUAGUUGAUUGCUCCAAAGACAACAAUGGAUGCCGCGGUGGGUGGGAAUCAAAAGCAUACGACUAUGUAAAGAUUAAUGGCAUCGACACUGAGAUGUCAUACCCGUAUAUUGCUAAGGAGAGUACAUGUAAAUUUAGAAAGUCUGAAAUCGGAGCAACAAUUCGGGAUUACAAAUUUCUUUCUGGCGAACAAAAUUUGAUGACAGCGACAGCCGCUGUUGGUCCAAUCUCCUGUGCAAUUGAUGCAACGAAAAAAUUCAUGUUGUACAAGACUGGUAUUUUUGUUGACGACACUUGUAAAAAGUUCUCAUCUAACCACAUCGUCUUGGUUGUCGGUUAUUGCACUGAUGCCUCGCAGGCUGACUCCAAUGAUUAUUGGAUUGUGAAAAACAGUUUUGGGACGAGUUGGGGUGAAGGAGGUUAUGUCAGGAUGAGGAGAAACUAUAACGAUAUGUGCGGUAUUGCCUCGUACGCUUACUAUCCAGUGGUGUAGUUGAUGUCAUCUACAAAUCCACCUGAUAUCUUACACACAUAAAAUAACAAUUAAAAACUGAACCCAUAUAUGCAAUUUUCGAGGAAAAAUUCCCGCAAAUUCGACCAGGAUUGACAAAGAAUUGGUAGCGAUAUGGUGAACUAAAUUAAAUACAUUUUCCUCUUAAACCAGUGAUAAAAAA